CUUAAUAAAAUCGACAAAAAAUCGAUAAUCAAAUUAAUCGAUAAUGGCGGCGGAAUCGAUUAAAGAGAUGGGAUCAUCGGUUCGAUCGAAAUACGAUGACGACGAUUGUCCGGCGGCGUUUACGAUCCUCAUUCGAACUUCUUCCGAUUCAACGCCAGACGGUCCCAGCGAAAAGAUAUCGAUUUUGAUUCGAGAUGAUGAGGGUCGUGCGACUGAUAAGCAGGCAUUACGGUAUUCUCAUACACAUCCAACUCCAUUUCAGAGAGGACAUUCCGAUCUCUUCGUGAUGGCCAAUCAACCAUCGCUCGGCCCACUGACAUGUUGUGAGAUUCAUUACGACGGCGCCAAGGAAGCACUGGGUACUCCAUGGAAGUUCCAUACCAUCAAUAUCUUCCACCACGAGAACCGCCGUGUCUACAAUUUCCAGCGCGACGAGCAACAAUCGACGGAAACCGUUUCAGCGUUGGUGUGCAAAGAUGAUGGGGCUCAGGUGAUGCCGGCGGCGCUUCGAGACCCAUUUGCUUGAAGGAAGAGAAUAUUGAACUCCAUUAAAAAAUAAAUAAAAUUUUAUGAGUUA